UCUGUAGACCUCUUUUCUAAACUAAGUUAAAGCGUCACCCUUUCCAGAUUACUUUUUUAAACCGAAUUUUCACCAGCCGUUAUUUUAUAAUGUAAUCGCUUAAACUGCAAAAAUUGUAUUCUUUCAUGAACUUUCAUGGUAUCCAUCCACACCCCGAAUCAUUGAGCAUCCAUGAACUACGGAAUAAUACAUACGUACAAGUGUUUUUGAAUAUGGGGGCGGCAACAAUAACUUGAAUUCUUAUUUUAUGGGUAUCCAAGUAAUGAAACAUGCUAACAUACAUAUCUCUAUCGACCAAGUUAAAGUAAUUUUGGUGAACCAGAAAAGUUUCUCUUCAUUUCGAACGAAAUUUAUGUGUACUCACAGUAAAUAAUUAUUUGGUGAGUUGCCCAAGAGAUGCGCGCUCACUUUGCGAUUACGUACUUAGUACACUUAUGUACUCGCUUGGCAAGACAGAUGAUUUUGACAGCAGUAAUCGGUGGUGGCUAGUUUACUUUUGCUUUGGUUGUGAAGACGGGCGAUUAAAACAGUGAAAAAGUGCCAGAAAUAAAUAAAAUAUAAAUUAAAGUCAUGUCAAAUUAUAAAGAUAUAACUUCGUUCUAUGUACUUACGUGCAUACAGUUGUUGGGAAAGUAGUGGAAAUGCUUUCGAAUUGUUCCACAAGUGUCUAACUGUAGGCAGUGGGGUGCAAGUGCGAUAAGUAGCGGCGCAACAACAAAAAUCAUUUGUUUUAUUACACUUUGAUUGCGAUAAGGAAUUGUGUUCCAAGCGUCGAUUACUUCAAUCUUCUAAUGUCAUAUGUGGAUCUUGUUUGGAAACUACUAACGUGAAUUGUUUUAAUUGGGUUUUGUGGAAAAAUUGUUGAAAUUGUUUUAUGCAGUUGAUUGGAACCUGGUUUACUCAAAUUGAUUUGUUUAUACUGUUUUGCUUUUCUUAUUUCGUUAUCGGCAGCAUUGCCAGCUGAGAAAAUUUGACUUAUUCGAAAGCAUUGCAAGAGCAUCGCAAAGAGAGCGGCGGCGCAUAAGAGAAUUACAGUGAAACUGAUUAAAGUAAAAAGUUUGCGUUGCUUUCGAUAAAGCUGAAGAAACUUGUUGAUUGUGUGUUGUGAGAAAUUGUUUGUGAAUAUGCCGAGGGAAGAUAUGAUAAUUUAAAUACCGUAUUAAAUUUACGCAUUGCUGUAAUGAGAGUGCGACAAUUAAGAUCAGAUUUGGAGAUGUGUUUAAUGAGAACUAUUAUUUAUGAAAUAUUAAAUAAUCCUAUAUCUAUUCUAAUAUGUUUCUAAGUAAGGGUUAAGUUUAAACUGACGAUAAAAGAUUUUCUCAUGUUCAUUAUUUUUGAAUAAUUUAAAUGGAAUAUGCUUUUUGACUAGUCCUUUAAUUGAGUGCAUUAACAUUUUUGAUACAAUUAGCUAAUUGACUAAAUUAAAGAUCUAUCUGAAACGCCAUUCGGUACUUCCUUGUUAUAAUUUUUUCAUAGUGUAAUUAUUGUAAAACUAUCAGAAAUAAUUAAUACUUACUUUAGUUUUUAUAAUAACAAAUUAGGUUUCGGUUUCGGUUCGGUUUGAGAUGUACUCCAUUUGAAUACUUAAAAACUCUUUCUUAUUUCACUUUCGUAAAUACAUACAUAUAAUCAAAGGCACUGUCUCAACGCAAGGAGUGUAUCAGUGGCAUUGUCGCGCUCUCUCGCUUGAGCUUUUGCUGAAGACAGCUUUCGCCGCCGCUCCGCCUGGAAGCAUGCUUUUACUUUCCGCCAGUCGGUCAGUUGAACUUGGCUACUCGUGCAUUGUGGAGGGUCAGGUGCGCGCAACUGAGCCAACAACAGACGGAAAGCGAAACGUGACGAUUGUAUGUGUUGUGCCACAAAGAAAGUAAAAGCUGAAAAUACGAAAGUCACAAAGUCGCCGAGUUGAGAAGGAGCGCAAUUUGCACAUACUAAGGAGUAAUCAUUCUUGCAGGCGAAGACUAUAUACUCCAUCUAUGUUUUCGGUGCAUACUGCGAAGCUCACAUGAAUGGGCACGCACUUGCCAUUAGUCGCUACGGUCGUCAAUCACAGGCGGAUGAAGGCCAACAACAGCAACAACAACGGCGGCGGGUGUUUAGAGGAAAACGAUUGAUAUAAAAUUUAACGAUUUGGGAACGUGAAGUCGCAGUUUGAAUUUGAAAUCGAAUAAAGCGUUAAUAGCUACAUUUGUUGGCAUUCUUAAAGCAGUCGCCGUUUAUCGGAGCAAAUUAUUGCCGGGUUCAAUCUCCGCUAAUUGAAUUACGCCAAGCAUUUCGUCCGCCAAAGUGGCUGAGAACUAGCGUCGCUUUCUAUGGCUUCUUUGGCGGAUUUGUGUGCGUGCGUGUGGUAGAUUACAUGCCGUGGCCAGCGAUAUAGCGUUGUAGAAUCGCUACACAGACAUCGAACGCCCGCAAGACAGGUUGCGCUGGACUCUCAUUGAGUUGUAUUUAGUUGGAAUAUUAGUUUUGGGUUGGGCAGAGCAAAUACUAUGGAAUACAUUUUCGAUUGCUUCUUCGAGAAUACUUUUGAUAAAAUCACACGCAAUGGCCUGCAGGACCGCUCCUCACGUCGCGACGUGCUGGACCACUUGAACGCUGUCAUCGGCGGCUGCAGUGAUGGACAAAAUAUGCACACGGAGGAGGUGGCGCGGUUCGCUGUGUUGGCCGCAGUGCGUUAUCAUCGCGAGAAGAAAAGCGGAAAUGGACAAGUCUGCCUAAUGGGCAAAUUUCACAAUAUUCUGUACAUUGCGCUGCGGACUUGCUGGGACUGGGGCGUACGAGAUUCUGCUGUGGUGGUUCUGUUGUUGGAGGAGAUCUAUUCAUGCGAGAAGACAUUUGAACGGAUAUUUUUGGGCGCCCUAUUCGGUCCAAAUGCACCGCACUUCAUAGCCGGUUGGCGUAGUGACUUUCGGGAUCAGGAUGAGAACACGCGAGCCAUGGUCUACUUUCUGCAUCAUGCCACAUCACUUAGCAUGCAACUGCCGGUUUGGAUUGCGCGCUUCGAGCAGGAGCGUAUGGUAAGAUUUAUUGAUAUUCCGAUCGAGUCGUGCGGCCGUUCAUCACCGCUACGUGUUGCCUUACAGGCGAGUGCGCCUGACCUGCUGCUCAUAUUAUUAAGGUACGGCGCCCAUCCAAACCCACCAGAUGGCGGUGCCUCCGUCGUACAUGCACUAUUGGAGAAACUCACCGAGAACGGGCGCCAUUACGUGCUACAAAAUGUGUCGUGUUUGCAGAUUCUACUGCGCACCAUACCAAUGAUCGAGAUGCCAUACAAGCCAAUUAUCUACAGCGCACGCCGUGAACUGUUUUUCGAAAAAUACGGGCGCCUUCUAAUUGAUCGCAUCAUCACCAAAGAGCAGGUGUACGGCGUCGUCUCCUUGCGGCAUUUAUGCCGAUGCCGCAUACGUGACUUGCUGCGCCGCAACUGUCAGCUGCCCGACGGCAUAGACACGCUGCGGCUGCCGCGACGCCUGCAUCGCUACAUCGACUUAAUGGAGGAGCUCGAGGGCCCGCAGAAUGAGGACGAUGCCGAAAACAAUGCGGCGCUGGAGAAAUUACAAGCCACCGGCGGUGGCGUCAGCGGUGCGAGGAGGCGUGUACGUUUUGCCGAGUCGAAAGAGGAGGAGCAGUCUUCGGUGGAUGUGGAAGUGGCGGUGGAGGUUGUAGAGAGUCUGCUGUUGGAGGAGAAGCAGCCGCUUGAACUGCCGACCACGACGGUGGGCGAAUUGGCGACAGUGCUGGAGGAAGACACUGCGGAGUUGGCGGAGGAGCAAUUAGAGUUGGAAUGCCAAAAUAAUUGCGCUGUUGUGGUGGAGAAACCGGUAGCUGUCGAAAUUCUCAGGCCCAUGCAGUCGCUGUUGACUGCCGAAAAUAGUAGCGGCAACAGCAGUGGCAGCGACAGCGACACAAGCAGCACCGAGAAAGCCGAGCAAAGCAAUUGCAUUUGCAAUAACACAAACAACAGCUGCUGCAAUACCCGAGACAAGGUCAGCGAUUGCAACGAGCGCCAAUUGAGCUAGCCAACGCUGUCAUAACAAUAUUAAAUGUGCGAGUUAGUAAGUACGAGUUACGAGUUUAAGUGAGUUAUAUGAACUGGCCGAGUGGCGCGAACAUCAACAGAUGCCAGAAGUCUUGUUGCAAACAAAUAACAACAGCCGAAGACUCAACUGACAUUUUUUACAAACUCAACUGCUGGGAAUUACGUUUUCUUUCGGCUGGCUGUCCUUUGAAUUUUUCCGUCUACUGGUACAGCAGAAGGGUUGCUUUUGUGUGGGGAGCACGAAGUUGGCGAAUUCGUGAUCAAAAUUUUUUUAACACAAAAACUUUACUUUUGUGUAGAAUUUAUGUUUUUACAGUGGCAAGUUGGCGUAACUUACUUGGCCAACAAGUCAACGAGCAGUCGAGAUUCCUGAGCGCUUUGUUGGAUGCAUUUGGAUUGACAAAACUUGGAGAUACUUCACUUCACUUCACAUUCACAUUUUCAUUUCGCUCAUGCUGCGGCACACUUUCAAGUGUUAUUACAUUACCGUUACUAUUUCGAAUGUACUUGUGUACAUUAUCGUAUAAUACAGAAAAAUCGAAAAAUAAGAAAACAGUUAGUGUCUUUUACUCACCGAUAAGUUUCCUCGCUGACGUUGAUGCGUCCUGGCACUCCCGUGGUCUCUGUGCGGCUUGUCAGGUUCACCGUGUUGCCAAAGAGACAGUAGCGCGGCACACGAUUACCGAUAACGCCGGUCACCACCUCGCCCGAAUGGAUGCCAAUUGUCACUUGCUGCGGAAAUGAGAAUGUGAAAAUCGUCAAAUAAAAGUAGAACAGAUUAAAAAGCAGGCCGCAGCCUGGAUUUAAUUAAAUUUGAGUUAAACGCGUUUUCGUUUUGGUAUAGAUAAUAAUUUCAUUCUUUGGUUAUCUUUUCGCCUACAUCGAAUUAAAGACGUUUGUACUAGUGUUGUAAUAAACGUGAAUUUACUUGUAAGAUAUAGUAUUGCUUAAGAGUACAAAAUCAUCCAAUUGGAGAUGUGAGCUAUUAUGUAAACAAAAAAUAUAAAUUUUAAGCAUAAUUUGAAGAUUAUUUUUAAGAAUAUCGGGAGAAUGAAUAAAUGUUGUACUGAAUA